UCACAUACACAUACAUACAUACAUACAUAUAUUUACAUAUACAUGUCCUUAUUGUAUAUACGUAAUAUAAUAAUCAGAAUCAGCCAAAGCAGAAGAAGCUUUCAGAGACAUAGCAUGGGAAUUAGCUGGAUUUGUGAUAUAGAAUAGAAUACAGGAGAAGGAGCUCAUUGAUUUGUUUGAAUUUUGUUUGAAUUUGGUCAAAAAUGGCGAGUGCUGUGGGCUCAGUGGACGAAGCAGUCGAAGAGAUUAUGAAAAUUCACAAAUCGUUGCCAGCGAGACCUGGAAUCGAUGAAAUAGAGGCUGCGAAAGAGCUGAUCCGGAAUGUGGAGAAGGAGGACCAGGCGAGACUUGAAGCCAUUGGCAGAUUGACCAAGAGUCCAGAUGUUCCAGAAGAGUUGUUCAUGGUGUUACAAGAGAUGCGGAAGAACUUGGUGUACCAUCACAGCAAAGAACAGAAACGUGAGGCCUUGAAAUUACUCGAUCUUGAACAUGUCCAUGCGCUGUUUGAUGAAUUUAUUCAGAGAGCUUCUAAUUGUCUCCCUUCAUCUUCUUCUACUUCAAAUUCUAAGUCCACAUCCCUUCCUGACGCUAAAACCAAGUCAACUUCCGCUGUAACUUCGAACUUCACUUCCGCCGCCAGUUUGUAUUACUCUGAGAAAGCAGCGCCCGUCAAGACUUCAGAAUUGAUUACUAGGGAUGAUAGUUAUGUGAAGAAGGCCAAAUCUUCCUUCUAUUCGGAUGGAAUUGGAACGAUCGUUUCAUCAACCCCUCAUAUAUUGGAUUCCACUCUAAAACCAGGUCAGGAUGGUGAUAAAUUGAGUUUGAUCAAGUUGGCUAGUCUGAUUGAAGCUUCAAAGAAGAAAGGUACUCGGGAUCUCAAUCUCCAAAACAAGUUGAUGGAUAAUGUUGAAUGGCUACCGGAAUCAAUUGGAAAGUUAUCCAGUUUGAUUUCUCUAGAUUUGUCUGAGAAUCGAAUCGUGGCCUUACCGCCCACUAUUGGGGGGCUUUCAUCAUUGAUGAAGUUGGAUUUGCAUGCAAACAGAAUUCUUCAACUCCCUGAUACCAUUGGAGAUCUCCUUAGUUUGGUUUUUCUAGACCUGAGGGGAAACCAGUUAUCAACUCUGCCUGCUACCUUUGGCAGAUUGGUACGCCUUGAAGACCUUGACUUGAGCUCAAAUCACCUACCUUCACUCCCUGACACAAUAGGUUCACUUGUUAGCCUCAAGAAAUUGAAUGUGGAAACCAAUGACCUUGAAGAACUUCCACAUACUAUUGGCCAAUGUUCUUCACUUAGGGAGCUUCGUGUGGAUUAUAACAGGCUUAAAGCCCUUCCGGAAGCCGUAGGGAAGAUUCAAACUCUAGAGGUUCUCUCUGUACGCUAUAAUAAUAUCAAACAGUUACCUACAACUAUGUCAUCUCUGUCAAACCUGAGGGAGCUUGAUGUUAGUUUCAAUGAGCUUGAGUCUGUACCUGAGAGCUUAUGUUUUGCAACAACACUUGUCAAGAUGAACAUAGGAAACAAUUUUGCUGAUAUGCGUUACCUGCCAAGAUCUAUUGGAAACCUGGAGAUGCUUGAAGAGUUGGAUAUUAGCAAUAACCAGAUCAGGGUCCUUCCAGACUCAUUUAGGAUGCUAACACGACUACGUGUACUUCUUGUGGAUCAAAAUCCUUUGGAAGUGCCUCCUAGACAUAUAGCUGAAAAGGGUGCACAGGCUGUGGUUCAGUAUAUGGCUGAUCUUGUUGAAAAGAGAGAUGUUAAGGCACAACCAGUUAAGCUAAAAAAGAGUUGGACUCAGAUUUGCUGCUUCUCAAAGUCUAACAAGAGGAAGCGCAAUAGUAUGGAUUAUGUGAAAGCUUGAGCUGUGCGGAUAAAAAUGCCGAUUUGAUCUCCUAAAAAAGUUAGGCUGGAGAGUGUAGAGGAUGUGCUAUUAUUUUGAACACAAACACUGAAAACAUACAUGGAUUAUAUUAGCUUAUGAUGGUGAGUAAUGACUUCAUUAUUCAUCUUCCAGGGAUUUAUUCAGAGUCAGUCUGAUGAAAAGCAAAGAUCAAUGUGCAGCUGAUCCCAUGCACUAACGAACGACAGGUGUGGGUUUAUAAAACAUGGCCACUGACUUCUGUAUCUGCAAUUGUAGAUUUCCUUGUUCCUCUUUACGGUUUUUAUUUUUUGUAUUUUUUUAAUUAUAUUUUAUUCCAUCUGUAUCUCUGGUGUUCUGAAACUAUAAUGAGGUGUACAAUUCAGCCGGCAAACAGGAGGGAAAGGAAUUGAUGAUCUUUAUAUCCUUUCUUGUAAAAUGAAGUUUGAGUUUACACUUUUCAUCAUUUCUAAUAGAAAUUUGUUUAUUUUUAAAACAGAA